AUGUCGGCGUGUCAUUUUUUUAACAAACAAUUCUACUAUCACAAAUUAGAUACAGAUGCAUUACCUUCAAUACGAGAAAGUGAUACUUUAGAUAGUUACACUCACAUUCGUCGUGCUCGUGUAGCACCAGCUGAACUAAUGCUUCAACACAUCAGCAGCAAUAAACUAGAUUUCGAUUAUUUAUCUGAUGAUGACUUAAGUUUACUUUUGACCGCAGUGUUAUCAUGGAUGCGUAGUUCAUACACAGCACAUGGCAUUCACAAAUCAUUAAAUAAAUUUACCGAAUUGAUUAUUGGACAAUCUGUUUUCGCAUUGAGAUAUUGUUUAAAGAGUUGUAUCAAUUCAGUUUCAUUGCACCCUUGUAUCGUAAUUUCAACGCUGUUUUUACAAAUACCUGUUGUUAGUACAACCAAACUCUAUGUAUUUCAAUUGAUUCCACUGCCGUUUAUAUUCAAUCAUGAAAUGUAUGCAUAUUCAAGCCUUCCAAAAACAAUUGGAAUAAAUGCAAUUGAUAACACAUUACUUUUGUAG